AUGAUCAACUGGGGCAACAUACUACCCACACUAACCGCCUUUAUCGCCUUUAUCCUGGGCAUGCUAUGCCUCUUUGCAGGAACCAAGACAAACCUUUUAUUAGAUACAGAUGUUUUCACGAUAUAUACGACGAGUAUAAGCAAUGACACGGGGGUGCGAGACUUCUAUUCAAUAUAUGUCAUGUCCUACUGUGAGGGAUUCCUGCAUGCAGAAAAUCGAAACUUGACCGGAUGUUCACCCCCGUCGCUACUGUUCGCCUUCAAUGCGACAGAAGCGUUAACUCAAGAUGCUGGCAACAGCACCUCAUUAUCCAGCCUGGGAUGGCCGAGUUCCAUCACCGAUGAUCUACGCACGUUCGGUGCUACUAGCCAGAGUAUGGGCGUCUUCUACUGUAUUGGGAUAGGGUUAGCGGGACUGGCGAUGUUCGAACGACUGUGGUUCUUGAUCGCCAAAGGGCCGAGACAGACGGUUGUAGAAGCUUCUUCUCUCAUGCUCAGUUUCACGAUGUUCAGCAUUCCGUCCAUUAUUGCAACGGUCAUUGCGCUACAAUUUGUGAGCCUCAUCAACCGCCACGGAAAAGAGUCCGGUGUGACGGCGAGGUAUGGCCAUCAAUUUUUAGGAAUGACAUGGGCUGCCGUUGGGUUGUUACUGGUGGGAGGCAUUGUCAGUUUACUGACGGUACUGGUGGACCGUAACCGAUCGGCCAAGUAUGAACCGGUGGCAGAACCGAAAACGGUGGCCGAGGAUUCGGACUCGGUUGGGUCGAACGAGAAGGGAGACUAA